UUGAAACAAAAGAGUGUAAAUAUACUUACGAAAAAACCGUCAGGGGCAUCAACAAAAUACAUUUUUGAAUGUUAUGGUUGUAGCAAAAAAUUUUCAACAAAAGACAUUCUCGCCAAACACAUUUCAUACAGUCAUAAGACGCAAAAGAACCAAAAGAACACCACUGCAGUUCGGACACAAGUUGAACAAACUCCAGUACCACAACCACAAGUAACGGAAAUAUUUAAUUGUGAUAUUUGCGAAUUUAAAACAUCUCAAAAACGUUGCAUUUUGGCACAUCUUAAAGCGCACGUCGCUGAACAAGUGUACUGUUAUAAUGAUUGUGAUUAUAAAAGUAUUAAAAAAGAUCGUUUGCAGAGACAUAUGAAAAUACAUACUGGAGAAAAACUUUUUUCAUGUAAUAUCUGUGGAUAUAAAUGUAUUGAUAAAAGUAAUUUGCGGUAUCAUAUGAAAAUUCAUACUGGAGAAAAACCUUUUUCGUGUCAUAUCUGUAAAUAUAAAUGUAUUCAAAAAAGUAGUUUACAAACACAUAUGAAAAUACAUACUGGAGACAAACCUUUUUCGUGUCAUAUCUGUAAAUAUAAAUAUAUUCAAAAAAGUAGUUUGCAAACACAUAUGAAAAUACAUACUGGAGAAAAACCUUUUUCAUGUAAUAUCUGUGAAUAUAAAUGUAUUAGAAAAGAUGUGUUGCAAACACAUAUGAAAAUACAUACUGGAGAAAAACCUUUUUCGUGUCAUAUCUGUAAAUAUCAAUGUAUUCACAAAAGUAGUUUGCAAAGGCAUAUGAAAAUACAUACUGGAGAAAAACCUUUUUCAUGUAAUAUGUGUGAAUAUAAAUGUAUAGAAAAAAGUAAUUUGCAAAGGCAUAUGAAAAUACAUACUGGAGAAAAACCUUUUUCAUGUAAUAUCUGUGAAUAUAAAUGUAUAGAAAAAUGUGAUUUGCAAAGGCAUUUGAAAAUACAUACUGGAGAAAAACCUUUCUCAUGUAAUAUCUGUGAAUAUAAAUGUAUAGAAAAAAGUAGUUUGCAAACACAUAUGAAAAUACAUACUGGAGAAAAACCUUUUUCAUGUAAUAUCUGUGAAUAUAAAUGUAUAGAAAAAAGUAGUUUGCAAACACAUAUGAAAAUACAUACUGGAGAAAAACCUUUUUCGUGUCAUAUCUGUAAAUAUAAGUGUAUUACAAAAAGUAAUUUGCAAAGGCAUAUGAAAAUACAUACUGGAGAAAAACCUUUUUCGUGUCAUAUCUGUAAAUAUAAAUGUAUUAGAAAAGAUAUGUUGCAAACACAUAUGAACAUACACUCUUGA